UACCCCUGACCCACGUGAUGCCGUAUGCUUUCCUGCCUCGGGGCCUUUGCACAUGCAGUUCUUUCCACCUGCCAUGCUCUCCUCUGGCAUCUCCCUCUUGCAAUUUCCCCUUCCCCCAUCAGUAAGUCCCACCUUCCUGAAGUCUGUUCUUCCCACAGUGAGAUGAGUUCACCCUCCUGAGAAUGCUGCCACUACCCUCCCUUCCCUCCCAGGCUGACUGCGGCAGUAGCUGUUGCCCCUCUCUGGGGGCAGAGAUUAUGUUUGAGAAACCUUUGCUCUCCCAGGGAGUUAACAGUUUUCCAGCCUCUGCACACACUGCCCUUCUGCGCAAUGACUGUCCUGGCAAACUCCUCCAUCUUCACGGCUCACAUGGAAAGACCACCUCCUCAUCAAUUCUCUCAGUGAACAUCUGCCUAUCGCCCCAUCAGCUGUGACAUGGAGAAAAAUUAGAAAACAGGGAUAUGAAAUAAGUAAAAAGCCACCUCAUCUCUGCCCCUGCUCCAAGCCGGAAACAUCACCACUGUGCUGUUGGGAACACAGAGGAAGUGACUGGCUGGGGGUUCAGGGAAAGCUCCGUAGAAGAGGGAACACUUGAGCUGGGUCUUGAAGGAUGAGUAGAAGUUCACCAAGUGGGAAAGGACACUCUAGGAUGGCCGAGCCUCGAUUUAACAACCCCUACUUCUGGCCCCCUCCUCCCACCAUGCCCAGCCAGCUGGACAACCUGGUCCUGAUUAACAAGAUCAAGGAGCAGCUGAUGGCCGAGAAGAUCAGGCCGCCUCACCUGCCGCCCACGUCGGCCUCGUCGCAGCAGCCGCUGCUAGUGCCGCCGGCGCCCGCCGAGAGCAGCCAAGCCGUCAUGUCGCUGCCCAAGCUGCAGCAGGUGCCCGGGCUGCAUCCGCAGGCAGUGCCGCAGCCCGACGUGGCGCUGCAUGCGCGGCCGGCCACCAGCACCGUCACAGGUCUGGGGCUGUCCACCCGGACCCCGUCUGUGAGCACUUCUGAGUCAAGCGCGGGCACGGGCACGGGCACGGGUACCAGCACCCCGUCCACACCCACCACCACCAGCCAGAGCCGCCUCAUCGCCUCGUCCCCCACCCUCAUCUCAGGGAUCACCAGCCCCCCUCUCCUGGACUCCAUCAAGACAAUCCAGGGCCACGGCCUGCUUGGCCCCCCCAAGUCCGAACGCGGCCGCAAAAAGAUCAAGGCGGAGAACCCGGGGGGUCCGCCUGUCCUUGUAGUCCCCUACCCCAUCCUGGCCUCGGGCGAGACUGCCAAGGAGGGCAAGACGUACAGGUGUAAGGUGUGCCCGCUGACCUUUUUCACCAAGUCGGAGAUGCAGAUCCACUCCAAGUCGCACACAGAAGCCAAGCCCCACAAGUGCCCGCACUGCUCCAAGUCCUUCGCCAACGCCUCCUACCUGGCCCAGCACCUGCGCAUCCACCUGGGCGUCAAGCCCUACCACUGCUCCUACUGUGAUAAGUCCUUCCGGCAGCUCUCCCACCUCCAGCAGCACACCAGAAUCCACACAGGCGACAGACCCUACAAGUGCCCACAUCCUGGCUGCGAGAAGGCUUUCACUCAGCUCUCCAACCUCCAGUCUCACCAGCGCCAGCACAACAAGGACAAGCCCUACAAGUGUCCCAACUGCUACCGGGCCUAUUCGGACUCCGCUUCCUUGCAGAUCCACCUCUCGGCCCACGCCAUCAAGCACGCCAAGGCCUACUGCUGCAGCAUGUGUGGGCGGGCCUACACCUCGGAGACCUACCUGAUGAAGCACAUGUCCAAACACACGGUGGUGGAGCACCUGGUGAGCCAUCACUCGCCCCAGAGGACGGAGUCCCCCGGCAUCCCGGUGCGAAUCUCUCUCAUCUGAGCCCACUGGAGGCGCCGCCCCACCCGGCCCACUGGCAGACACAGACCCAGGCAGCACCAGGCCCCAGCUCCCUCCGGGGGCCCUCCAGGAACCACCAAGCUCUCUCACGACCUUCCCAAUCUUCCAGAAAGCUUGGUCCGCAGAAGCCCUGCCUGGUCAAGUCCGGGGGCGGCCAGGCCAACUGCAAGAUUCUGGACUGUUUUGGUGGCAUCCAAAGACGAUCUCAGAGCACUUUGAACCUCUCUGUUGAGUUUUCUUUUUGUUCCCCACCCUUCACUUGCUUCACUGUUUUUUUUUUUUUUUUCGUUUUUUUAAGUUUGUUUUGGAAAUAACAGAAAAGAUAUUUAUUGGCCAGGAAGUUGGUGCUGCUAAGACCGAGAAAUUUAAAGAAUCGGACAGAUGGACGCAGAGAACCAGAGGGCAAUGUGGGACCUUCUCUUGCCAUGGCCUCAGGUCUUGAGGGAAGGCUCGGGCCUGGGUUUCUGGACUGCAAAAGGGACCCCCAGGUGGGAGGGACAGGAAGCAGCCGGAGUGAGCCCUUUGCCCCUGAGUGCCUGGCUCGCGCCUCUCGAGCUGUGCCCCGGGCAUCACUGAGCAGAGGGGUGCGGCAGCUUCAGGAGGCGGAAACAAGAGGGGCAGGAGAUCCACAGGACCAAAGGGUGCAGUGAUGGGCUGGGUGGUGGGCCCAGGGAAAUGGGGUGGGGAUGGGCUGGGUAAGACCUGGCCCUCCCCUGCUGCCCUGAAGACCACCCCAGUCUACCUCGGUGCUGGCCAGGAAACCUUUCGGCUACCUCUCCCACCAUCCCAGACUGUGGGCAGGGGGAUGGGGAGGGAGUGGGCCUGGGGCUGGGACCUCCCUCCAGAAUUUCCUCCAGAUGGGGGCAGUGCCCAGGGAGGGGUUAUUUGUCUUCCCUGCCAUGGAGUGGGAAUCCCCAGCCGAGGCCCUAGGCCCCUCAGCAGGGAAGGGAUCCUCGGGGAGGCAGGUCCCAGGAGCAGACCCUGCCCCCAGCCCCCACAGACACACCCCAAUCUGAAAGCCAUGCGUGUCGGUGUAUAUAGGAACCAUGUACAGAGCCCGGAGAAGCCCCCUACAUCCCCCCGGGAAAAAAAAAGAAAACUAGACAGAAACUCAUCUAUAUAUUCUGUAUCUGGAGUUCCGUUUUGAAUAUUAACUGUGUUAUUUUUAUACACUUUUUAAGCCUUAACUCGCCAUUGAUUUACCAGUUUAACGUUUCCUGGGGUUUCUUUUCCCGUGGGGUUCUCUGCCCCCACCCCCGGCCCUUUGUUUGACUUGCGUCGUCUGAUACUCAGUAUUGUAGCUUUUUGUCCGCAUGUUACUCCCUGUAAAUACGCUGUUAUACAUACUGUUAACACCCCUUUGCUUUUUCUAUGGGACCUCCAGGCCACCAUAUUUAGAACUAGUUACCUUAUUAAAAAAGAAAAAACAGUCUGUUGGCUUCUCAGUCUGCAUCUUGGAGGCAGGGAGGUGAGGGCAGGUGCCCCUCAGACACUUCAGGAAGGUAGUUUGCAUUCUAUUUAAAAAAGGGGGUGGGGAGCAAAUGAAAAUCAAAUGUGGGGGGAAGACACUAAAGGGGGCAAGAAACAAAGGAAUUACAAACCCUCUGCUCUUUGUAUUUCUCUGUUGUGAAGAAUAAACUGUACCUGCACCCGGG